AUGUUUACUUUCGGCCUUGGUGGCCUCUUCUAUGUCGUUGUUCUCCUCAUCAACGCGAUAGCCAUCCUCUCUGAAGACCGAUUUCUGGCACGCAUCGGGUGGACUGCUGGGGCAGCAGAUAGCGGCUUUGGGCAGCGUGACGAUGCGAGCGUGAAGGCACGGUUAAUAAACCUGGUUUCCUCGGUACGGACGCUUAUGAGAAUACCGCUCAUGUUCAUCAACACACUCAUGAUCGUCUACCUACUGGUUCUCGGUUGA